AUAAAAAAGGGUCGUCAUUUUAGUGAGACCGACCCUCUCCUCCUCCUCACACGUGGACGAGCGCGACCGGAACCCAGAUGCGAUCGCGCGCGCGUUCACGCCUGCUGCUCGCCUGCACUCACGGCUCACGCGAGCGGAGAAAUCAAAACACUCCAACCAUCUCUACACUGAGAGAUGAACUGAGAAACAACCGUGAAACCACCGCAGCUCAACGGACGACUGUCCAGCACCAAAACCUCGCGGCGUUUCUCUUUCUGUGGAAGCGAAAGGAGCGGGACGAACAACAGUUUUCAAGUUAAAUACGCCAGAGUUUGUGCGUUUUCGCUGUACGCUGUGAUAUUUCCCACAAGGAGUUUUAAAAACAAGUUUGGACCGGAUUCUGUUUGGAGUUGGACGUUAUUUAUUUCACAUCCCGCCUGGUGCGCGAGCGCUUGUGAGGCGCAAUCUACUGAAGACUACAAAACAUGGAUUUAUUCAUUAUUUUAACGGUAAAACUUUGAUAAACCACCCGAAAUCUUGCGUAAUAGCUGCUUUGCAGUCUUGUCAAGCAUUUAUUGUAUAGGAAAAUAUCUAUUGUAGUCCGGAGAGACACUUUUUUUUUCUUUGUGGCUGUGACAGGACGCGUUUACAGAGCCAAGUAUGUCAGUCCACGAUGAAGAAGAGAAAACUCGUCUGAUUCUCUGAGGGGAAAACACAUCUAAAUAAUAUUUUAACAUCUUAUUGUGCAUUAUUUCUUCGAGUUCUUCUUUAAUUUAUCUUAAUAAUUGGAUUAUAUCGUUACACAAAGUCCUGUAUAGCUACAUAAAAAAAAGUUGUUAGGCGUAUAUCAUUGCUAAGAGCAUUCUCACGCAAUUGACCUUAGGCUUUUUAGUGCCCUUUGGACCGCACAGGAACUGGGAAAAUUUCACGUCAGCUUUAUCUUGGUACGUGCGCCAGGCUGCCAGAUAAAUAGUUUUUUAUUUUUGCCAAUAUUCUGCAUUGUUCCUGUCAAUAUGGAGGAGUGGAGACAGUGCGGUCGCUGGUUGAUAGACUGUAAGGUUUUGCCCCCCAACCAUCGGGUCGUUUGGCCCUCAGCGGUGGUGUUCGACCUGGCCCAGGCGCUCAGAGAUGGGGUGCUCCUGUGCCAGAUGCUGCACAAUCUGUCUCCUGGAUCCGUGGACCUAAAACAGAUCAACUUCAGGCCUCAGAUGUCACAGUUUCUGUGUCUGAAGAACAUCCGAACAUUCCUGAAAGUGUGCCAUGAUAAGUUUGGCCUGAGGAACAGUGAGCUGUUUGAUCCAUUCGAUCUCUUUGACGUGAGGGACUUUGGGAAGGUGAUCUCUGCGCUGUCCAGAAUCUCCCACAACAGCAUUGCACAAAUCAAAGGCAUCAGGCCCUUUCCAUCAGAGGACACAGCGCUGAAUGAAGAUGAUGUGUACCGGAGCUUGGAGGAGCUGGCAGAUGAGCAUGAUGUGGGAGAGGAUGACAUAUACGACUGUGUCCCUUGCGAGGACGAUGGGGACGACAUCUAUGAGGACAUCAUCAAGGUGGAGGUUAGAAAGCCCAUGAUCAGAUACAUGCAGAAAAUGGGCAUGACAGAAGAUGAUAAGAGAAACUGCUGCUUGGUGGAGAUUCAGGAGACAGAGGCAAAGUACUACAAGACACUGGAGGACAUUGAGAAGAAUUAUAUGAUUCCCUUGAAGCAAGUGUUAACACCACAGGACAUGGAGGCCAUAUUUGUGAAUUUAGAGGACAUCAUCAAGGUCCAUUUUUUUCUGCUGAGAGCCAUUGACCUGACUAUGGUGAGCGGGGGCAAUGGCCUGGGAAAGAUCUUUCUGGACUUCAAGGAGAGACUGCUGAUCUACGGCCAGUACUGCAGCCAUAUGGAGAACGCUCAGAAGACACUGGAUGAGCUGAUUGCCACACGGGAAGAUGUCAAGUGUAAAGUGGAGGAGUGUACCAUGAAAGUCCAGGAGGGGAAGUUCAAACUGCAGGAUCUCCUGGUGGUCCCUAUGCAGAGGGUCCUCAAAUACCACCUUCUGCUUAAGGAGUUGGUAGGUCACUCUAUGGACCGCCCGGAGAGGCAGCAGCUUAAAGAGGCACUAGAAGCCAUGCAGGACCUGGCAAUGUACAUCAAUGAGGUGAAAAGAGACAAUGAAACCCUGAAGAAAAUAAGUGAAUUUCAGAGCUCAAUAGAAAAUCUACAGGUAAAGUUAGAGGAAUACGGUAGGCCAAAGAUAGACGGAGAGCUUAAAGUGUGCUCUAUAGUUAACCGGACCAAACAAGACAGAUACAUCUUCCUAUUUGAUAAAGUUGUGAUAGUUUGCAAGAGGAAAGGUUAUAACUAUGAGUUAAAAGAGAUCAUCGAACUUCACUUCUACAAGAUGUCUGAUGACCCUAUGAAUAACCGUGACAUGAAAAAGUCGAGUGGAAAAAUGUGGUCAUAUGGCUUCUACCUGAUCCAUCUGCAGGGGAAACAGGGCUUCCAGUUUUUCUGCAAGACAGAGGACACCAAGCGCAAGUGGAUGGAGCAGUUUGAAAUGGCCAUGUCAAACAUCAAACCCGAAAGAGCCACUGCCAACCAGCACAACUUCCAAAUGCACACGUUUGAAAAAAACACCAACUGCAGAGCCUGUAAAAUGCUGCUGAGGGGUAUUUUCUACCAGGGAUACUACUGUUCACGCUGUGGGACUGGUGCCCAUAAGGAGUGUCUGGAGGUCAUUACCAUCUGCAAAAUAAGUCCUCAUGAUUCGGAGCUGGGGCUUCCACAAUCAGGUCCAAAGAUGGUGGCCAUCAGAAAUUACCAUGGUACCCCUGCCCUACAAGGCAAAAUGCCUCUCUGCUUUCAGACAGGAGAUAUCAUUGAGCUCCUGAAGGGAGACCCAGACACAUCAUGGUGGGAGGGCAAACUCGUCCAAACCCAAAAGACUGGCUUCUUCCCCAGUUCCAGUGUGAAACCAUGUCUAGACCCUAAGCCCUUCCAGUCAUUUUCCAGCCGUCAGUCCUCCAGAGAGACGGAUUACUAUGUUUAUCCCUGGUUUGCAGGAAACAUGGAACGACAGCAGGCCGACAACCUGCUUAAGUCUUACAGCAGUGGCACCUAUCUGAUCCGAGAGAGGACGGCAGAGGCAGAGAGGUUCGCAAUCAGCAUCAAGUUUAAUGAUGAAGUGAAACAUAUUAAAGUUAUUGAGAAAGACAACUGGAUUCACAUCACAGAGGCAAAGAAGUUUGAAAGCCUCCUGGAGCUUGUGGAGUAUUAUCAGAAUCAUUCACUGAAAGAGAGCUUUAAGCUGUUGGACACAACAUUACGAUACCCUUACAAAUCCAAGGAACGCUUGAGUUCUCGCACCAAUACCCGCUCACCAGCAGCCACCUGUGCUUCCUACAACUUCUCCUUCCUCAGUCCUCAGGGCCUCAGCUUCUCCUCUCAAAGCUCUGCUCCCUUCUGGUCAGUAUUCACACCCAGGGUAGUCAGCACAGCUGUGGCGCGAUACAACUUUGCUGCUCGAGACAUGCGAGAGCUGUCCCUGCGAGAAGGGGAUAUCGUCAAGAUCUACAGCAAGAUUGGUGGAGACCAAGGCUGGUGGAAAGGAGAGGCCAACGGCAGGAUUGGAUGGUUUCCCUCGACGUACGUCGAUGAGGAGGGGGUGCAGUGAUACUCUGAGGUCACAGAUCAUCCAAUAAAAGCCCUCUGAGAGGACUCUUUGGUUUCCAUGGCAGCAACUCAUGGAAGACUUUUCGCUGGAAACAUAUUUUACAAAUUUAUAAAUAUUUGUACUUCUGUCUCCUUUCGUCAUGUACGAAUAUGCUUUUUUUUCCCCUUUCUCGGAAUGUCUGUGUGAUUUCUGUGAAGAAAACUUCUCUGAGUGAAACUGUGAACAGAGCAGAACUUUGCCUUGAAGUGGCCAAAGGACAAGCAUGGCUUUAAGUUUGUACAGUAAUACCUGUAAGUUGCGCUGCCGGUCAGAGGGGUAUAAUUGGGGGGUGGGGAUGUAUAAAAUUACACAUAAAUAUAAUUUAUUAAAGAGAUAUAUCUAUAAUUAAAAUGCAGUGUUGAACAUUUGUUCAACAGCAGCAGCGCAAAGAAUAUAUGUGAGCAGAAAAGAUGCACUUUGCAUUUCUUUACAGAGAGAAUUUGCCUUAGUAAAUGGUAAUGCCUUUAGAGGUGGAGGUAAAGAGAUGGAUUCAAACUCAUCUUGCACAUACACAUUCAUACAUCUGCCCUGUCCAGAAAUACGGUGCCUUUUUAUACAUGUAGUUCACUCCCAACAGAGUCUAGUUUAUAUAGCUGCAGCGUUAACCCCGUUCUCUAUUGGUGCACUCUCAUGGCCCUAUCCGCCCAUUCAGCCCGAUGCUCUCAACCAGAAGACCAUAAAAGAGACUGAACAUUUCCUGAACUUAAAUGAGCAGAUGACCAGAUCUGCUUGACAUCUCACUGGAAUGAAGAGGCAGCUAACCAAAAGCAUUCAGUCAUGGCUGGAAUUGCUUUAGCUGACUUGGACAAUGAAGGAUACGAGCACCAUCAUGUCUUCCUCUUGCUUCAAGAGGAUGCAAAAGUGCAAUUGAGUUUCAGGAAGAGGUUCAGUGAAUGCUGUUUCUGUGAUGAGCAUUUAUUUCCAUGUUCUCACUGGUCCAAAUUUGGACUGAAAAGGGAAAACCAAAUGCUGUUCUGUGCACUGAUUUUUAUGAAUACCCAGAGGUUUUUGUGAGAUUUUUCUUUUCUUGUCUUCUACAAGCACAUGCAUUUUGCCAUUCCACGUUUCUCGUAUGCAGCCUGCCACAUUACAGUAGCUUGCCUUACUGGUGGACACAACUGGUGCUAAAUAUCCCUGAGUUAGGGCAGAACUUUGUUGCUGUUGUGGACGAGGAGACCCACUGCUGAAGAACCUCAGCCACCAAGUGCACUUUAUAUGUCCAGAGACCUUUUAAGAUAGGACACCACACUGCAGACCUGGACAUUUUUUUUGUUGUUGUUUUUUUAUGUCCUCUGGAAGAAAAAAAUAAAAUAAAAUCCUCCACACUAUGAGCAGUGGUCCCUCAAAGUCUAAUAUUGAACAUUACCUGUAAACUCCAUAAGUGCAUGGAUGUGUCCCUCAUACAGUCCUUGGAGAAAAACCUUUUGAUGUUGUCAGCCAUCAGAAAUUGAACCCAUAAAUCGAGAUGGGAGAGUGCUAGACUGCAAUAAAGCAUCGGACGUGUUUUUAGCCGUGCUCCAGGCUUGAGUAAAGCUGUCUGUAGUGAUGGAAGAGUGCAGCUCAGGUCAAGGUAGUGCUGGCUUAGGGGCUUAGUACCUGUUUGUGUAGUGGACAAAAAACUCAUAGCAUGUGGUCAUAUAUAUUACAACUGCUGUCCGUGAAUCCUGGGGGGGGUUAAGAUCUUACAAAGAAAAAAAAGAAAUUGUGUGCAUUUUUUGAUUGGUCAGUUCUAUCAUGAAAUAAAUAUUUCUUUUUUGUCUA